AUGGCCUCUCAAGAAUCUCAGGGACAAACCAAAUUAAUCUUUAAGGAUUACCUCCCUGGUUCUUCUGACAUUCCUCAACAGAAUGCGCCUGUUGACCCAACAAGUCUCUGGAAGCAGACAUCACACGCUCAUAAUUUGCCACCUGGUCUGGAGUACCUGAACCAGCUGGACCAGAUAAUUAUCCAUCAGCAAGUGGAUCUUCUGGAAGCCAUACUUGGCACAGAGACCUCCAGCAAAUACGAGAUAAAGAACCCCUUGGGACAGAGAGUUUACUUUGCAGUGGAAGAGAACGGCUGCUUUGACCGCAAGCUGUGCUCGCCCGUCAGGGCCUUCACCAUCAGGAUUGCGGAUAACGCGGGCCGCGAGGUGAUCCGGGUCAUCAGACCCCUGAGGUGCAGCAGCUGCUGCUUCCCCUGCUUCCUGCAGGAGUUAGAAGUUCAGUCCCCACCAGGUACAGUAGCUGGGUACGUUGUACAGAACUGGGACCCUUUUCUGCCAAAGUUUACUAUACAGAAUGAAAGCAGAGAAGAUGUGCUAAAAAUAAUUGGCCCAUGUGCAACCUGUGGCUGUUUUGAAGAUGUUGACUUUGAGGUAAAAGCUCUCGAUGAGAUGACUACCAUCGGCAAAAUUUCCAAGUAUUGGUCUGGAUUUGUCAACAACGUCUUCACCAACACCGCCAACUUUGGGAUCCAGGUCCCUGUAGAUCUCGAUGUGAGGAUCAAGGCAGUCAUGAUUGGUGCUUGUUUCCUCAUUGACUUAAUGUUCUUUGAAAACUCUUUGGAUGGAUUAUAA